GGGAGUAACCCUAGUAACAAUAAAGACUGCUUCAGCAUUUCGCUUGCUGCCCAGGAUAAAGAUGACCGUUUCUCUCUCGGCUGCCCUUUGCCAGUAGUAAAGAUGGUGCUUUCAACCGUUUUCCGCUCCCGCCUUCUAAAUAAGAAACCAUUUCCUAGAUUCUCUAGAACGGUACUAGGGUUUCAUCCGAUGCCGAGUAAAAUCACACCCUCCUUUUUAGCCGAACCUGCCCACACCAAAGAUGUCGCCUCAGGGAGGCGCCAGUCCCCCAUUACGUGCCCACACUAAGGAUGGCGAGAGGCACAGUUGGGUAGAUGGAGAACUGUGAUGAAGAGUGGCCAGAGGGCCAGCGCUCUCUUCAGGCUCCGGGUGGCGUUCUGGCUGGCACUGCAACUGUGGAAGAGUGUGCAGUUCUCUACUCGGAUACAGAGGAUGACCCAUCACUCCUAACAGAUAAUGGGCUGGGUGCCCGGGCCCCCUUCCACUGCUCUGAGUGUGACAAGAGCUUCCGUUACCGCUCAGACCUGCGCCGCCAUUUUGCCCGGCACACCGAGCUGAAGCCUUUCCAGUGUCCUCAUUGCGUCAAGAGCUUCAAGCAUUCCUUUAACCUGGUGAACCACAUCCGGAGCCACACCGGGGAACGCCCCUACCGCUGCACCAUGUGCCCAAAAGGCUUCCGGGACUCCACAGGACUCCUCCACCACCAAGUGGUGCACACGGGGGAGAAGCCCUACUGCUGUCACGUCUGUGAGCUCCGCUUCUCCUCCCGCAGCAGCUUGGGGCGCCACCUCAAGCGGCAGCAUCGUGCUUCUCCUGCUGCCGCAGCCCCUCAAACACCCACCCCUCGCUGCCUGGCCUGUGGCAAAGAGCAGAGUCCUCUGGGGCACCUCUGCAGUGCCGGGAGAGGGCGGGCGGCCCCCUUUGGCUGCGGGGCCUGCGGGCGACACUUCCAGCUGGCAUCUGAAUUGCGCCGCCAUUGGCUGGCCCAUACCGAUAUCAAGCCCUUUAAAUGCCCGGACUGUGAAAGGGACUUUAAUGCUGCGGCUCUGUUAGAGCGCCACAAGCUCACACAUGCCAAGGACAGGCCCCCGCCCUGCCAAUUGUGUGCUGGGAAGGUCCAGCAGAGCGAUGGGGUGCUGGAAUUGGAGGCCCUGGAAGAAGAGCAGAAAGGUGGGGAGCAGGAGGGACAGGGCCAGCAGCAAAGCAGGAGCUGUCCAAUUUGCCAUCCUCCAGACACGCGUCCCCCCGAGACUCUGUACCAGUGUGAAUGCGGGACCUUUUUUGCCAAUGGCAACACCCUUGCGGCUCAUUUGACUGCCCAUGGUGGCGAGCCCUCUUUCACCUGUGGCAUAUGCGGCCAACCCUUUGUGAACUUGCAGAUCCUGGAGGAGCACCAGCUGAGCCACGCCGUCUCCACCUCGCCGAUGUCAGGCCCAGGCAGUGAGCUGGAACGCCACCUGUUGCCCCAGCUGGAUCUUCGUGCAUUCCCAGCCCGGCCUAGCAAGAAACUCUACAAAUGCAGCGAGUGCGAGAAAUACUUCCGCAGUCCCCGGGACCUGGACCGUCACGUCUUGGUGCACACUGGCGAGAAGCCCUACCAAUGCACCGAGUGUGGCAAAUUCUUCCGGCACGAGUGUUACCUGAAACGGCACCGGCUGCUGCACAGUGGCGAGCGCCCUUUCAAGUGCACCGUCUGCCACAAAGGGUUCAUUACCUUAAGCAACCUCUCCCGCCAUCUCAAGCUGCACCGUGGAAUUGACUAGGCGGGGAGCCCCAAUCUCGUAACAACAACCCACCCUUCCAACACUGUUUUCCUCUACCUCUACCCCACAGUGGCAGCCAGAGGCAAUCUGGUUUUGGACAUGUAACUCUGCCAGAGGCAGCUAGACCUGGCUUGCCCCAACCCUCUUUCCUGGUCUAUUAUUUUGAGCAGGAAUUUACUUCCUUGAACCGAUAAAAAGUAUUAUUAUUAGUUUA